GCAGAUGUUCCUGAUGCUGUCGAAGUAACUGAUGGAGUAAUUCUAAAAUGGAAAGAACCAGAUAACAAUGGGGCGGUAAUAAUAGAGUACUCCGUCUACCGAAGGUUCGUCAAUGGUGAUGAGUGGAAGAAAAUUGCAACCAUAUUCGAUGUCUAUAACCGUUCUUAUGCCGUUGAAAUCGAGAAGGGGAAGGAAUAUGAAUUUGUAGUAACCGCGACAAACAAGUAUGGAGAGAGUUCAAAGGAAAAGGGCAUCAAGCGGAUAAAAGUGCUAGACGGUAGGUGUAUAAAUAAUUUAGAAUAAAUUCACAACGACUACUGAAAGGUUUCCUCGGUUGCGCCGGCAACGUUUCCCCGCUUUUGAAACGACAGACGUCGAGCUCAACAACCUUGUUCGUUAAGCCAUUAUUUUUGUUUUCUUUACCAAGAAAGUAUAUCGAAUGGUCUUAUUAGGCAAAGUUUGUGCUGUUUUCUUUAGUUCAGCAAGGAACUGUAGGGUAUGAUAAAUUACAGUAGCAAGAGAAACCUUUCGUAUUUAGCGUAAACUUCUAUUGGUUUUUUUUUCGUUUUCAGGUUCGACAAAACCGCCAAAAAAUCAAGCGGGUAAGCCAUGUUAAUAUUCAAAUUACCAUUACCAGGAUUCAAAUUACCAUUCAGCGCAAGCAAUCAAUUUCACAAAAUCAUGCUCUGCAACCAUUUCAACUUUAAAUUAAAAUGCAGUUUUGUUUCUUUCUUAAACUCAUGUUUUACAUUCUUAAAAAUUCCAGGUUCUGAGAGUAAUAACACAGGAGUGCUUCACGGUGCCUACAUCAGUGUAAUUCUUCUAUUGUCGAUCAUACUCUUUAUUCUCAUUGUUGUACUUUGGAAAAUGCGCCUUUGUUCAGGUACGAGAUUGUAG